UCAGAAUACUCCAGCAGCCCGCGUGAAGAGAACUGAGGUCUCUCCAGCCAGCGACGAGAGCAUUCCCGAGUAAUGCGAGUGAGCCACCGUCGCCAAACCCAACCACACCUCAGGAACUCUAGAAAAACACAGGCCACAGUUCCCUGUCUGCACCCCUACCAGCAUGAGCGGCAACGGCACGGACUUCACCACCGGCUACCUCUCCUCUGCGGUAGCGAUUCUCUUGUUUGGCUCCAACUUUGUACCACUUAAAAAAUACGACACGGGUGAUGGGAUGUUUCUUCAGUGGGUGCUCUGUGCUGCCAUUUGGUUGGUCGCCUUGGUGGUCAACUUGAUACUCCGCUGUCCCAAAUUCUGGCCUUUUGCGAUGCUCGGCGGCUGCAUUUGGGCAACAGGGAACAUUGCUGUCGUCCCAAUUAUCAAAACCAUCGGUUUAGGUCUUGGCCUCCUCAUCUGGGGAUCGUUUAAUACCUUAACUGGCUGGGCAAGUUCAAGGUUCGGCUGGUUUGGGAUGGAUGUGGAAGAAGUGUCGAACCCCAUGUUGAACUACAUUGGAGCUGGGCUGUCCGUAGUAAGCGCCCUCACGUUUUUGUUCAUCAGAAGUGAAGUUGAGACUUGUCCAAGCAGUGUGGACAACACGCCACUGAUAACAGAACCUGUGAUCAACACAGCCGAAGACCCCUGUGUCGAUUCCUCCUGGGUGGAUAGACUUUCUGCCAAGUACCACCGCAUUGUAGGCUGCAGCCUUGCAGUGAUAUCCGGGAUACUCUAUGGAUCGACGUUUGUGCCGAUCAUUUACAUCAAGGACCACAGCAAAAGAAAUGAGAGUGUAUAUGCGGGCGCUAGCCAGUUUGACUUGGACUACGUUUUUGCACACUCCAGCGGCAUCUUUCUUACAAGUACAGUCUACUUUGUGGCCUAUUGUGUAGCCAUGAGAAAUAGGCCAAAGCUGUAUCCAGAGGCCAUCUUACCAGGUAAGGAAGGACUCACUGCAUUUUUCCAGGGUAUCAUUAUAUCAAAAUAUCUAAUAAAAUUAAAGUUCUUUUAUUUUAAGGGUCCUGGACUUAUUGCUGCGUUAUGGGGUAUCUUCAUUUUCAAGGAAAUACAGGGUCUCCGAAACUACUUACUAUUGUUGCUGGCCUUCUGCAUCAUCUUGUCUGGGGCCCUGUGCACGGCUUUUUCCAAAAUCUAACCUCUUCACGACAGGACCAGCAGGUGGCAGCAGUGGCUAGAAGAGUCGCUCUCCCGCACGAGGGACUACUGCAGACUGCUAAACCGGCUGUAGAGCAAUGGAUCUCUGCCACUCUGGGAAUAAAUGGAUAGAUGACUGUUUAUUCCACAAACAUGAGAAUGAAGAGAGGCCGUGAAAAGUCCUUCCAGUGAGCUGUUAACGAAGGCAGGACUUCUCUGGGGAGCUCAAAGACAAGCUGCCUUCUUGGAUCGCCCUGUCUGAGGGUGCGUAUUCCAACAGUGUCUACUUCGCGUUAUAAUCCAGAAAAUAGGAUGGAUUUUGUACAAAGAAAAUUGCCCCCCACAUUUAUAACAUUAAUGAAGAGGAGCAGAAGCAAAUACUUCGUCGGCUGAGGGAAGAAACGGACUCUCCUUAUGGAAUUCAGGUUCAAAGAUACCAGGGCCCUUUGCUAGAGAAAGUAAAUGUCACAGUUGCUAACUGAAUGUUUAAAAGGCCAGCUCAUUAUUUUUAGCCAAAAAUUGCUUUGACUUUACCAUUGUUCAGCUCUUCACAUUGCCUGUCUUUCUUAGAUCAAAAUAUUUUGAUAGUUAUUCCAGAUAAAAAUCCAUCCCCAGAGAGCAAGUCACCAGCCCUCACAAUAAGUAAGUGUGGUAUAAUUCAUGAGCACACAUAUGGUGCGCAUGGUUGCAGAUUUGGAGAACAUUCUAGAGUUGACAGGAAUAAAGGUUUUAUUUCAUCAGAUUCAAGUUAAAGGGAACAUGCUCAGUGGACUACUAUAUUUUUGUUCCUAAAAUGCCAUUACUUAAAAUCCUUUUCAUUGGAAGUGUUUUGUUAUGAUCCUAUCUUAAAUGACUUCCAGGAGACAAAAAAGCACAGCAAAUGUAUUGUUUUGAUUCUUUAGGAAAACAACCAGCCUUGCAAACACACCGCUCCUUACCAUGGCGUCUGCACCCUAAACAUAGCAACCACAUUUGUCUGUGCCUCUUCUCCAUUCUCUCCUGAUACUGCAGUACUUGGCUGUGCUAGAGAAACAGAAUAAGAGCAUCCUUCACCUGAUGAUGCUCCCUCUGAGUUGUGUGGCUCUGGACCUUAGCAUGUCACGCCUCCUGUGAUGGGCAAUUAAGGAUAUUAUGUGUCUUAAAUUCUGUUGUCCGGGGUAGUUCAAUCUGUAAGUAUGUCCACAAAUGUCUUGUUGUCUGACAAACAUUCUAAACUUGUUUGCUAUUGUUAUUACAUGUUAAUCAAGGGGAAACAAAGCUUAUAGAUAGAAAAAAAUCUUGGAAUUUAUCAAAACUACUGUCCUUAUUACUAUCAUCCAUCCCUAUUUGCCUCUCAAAUCAGAAAUGUCACUGAAUCACUAACCCAGACAAUAUUUGAUAAUAUCUUUUACCCACUUUAGUUUUUACUUGAAAUGCCAUUAUAUUAUGCUGAUAUGACUUCUGAAUAAAUGUCUAUGACAGAAAA